GGAUUUAUUCAUAAACUAAGAUAACAAAAUCAUACUUUCACAAAAUGGUAAUAUAUACGUAUACGUAUUUCUAAUAUGUAUUUCGUUUUUUUCACUGUUAAGGAAAAUGUGAUAUUAAAAUGGACCGACGGAGAGAAAAAGGUCUCUCCGUAUAAUAGAUAAAAAUAUUAUGUGUUUGAUAAAAUAUCCAUAUCCCUAUUAUCAAAAUAUUAAUUUCCUAAUAUAGGCGUGUACCAUCGAGUGGGACCCACUUUAAGCCUAGUGGCCCAAUCAGUGGGCUCACACGCACACGUUACAUACGGUUACACAUUCCCUGACCCGAAUUCCUCUCUCCCUCUCAAUCGUGAAUUCGUGAUUAUGUGACGGGAUUUUUUCUCGGCUUCAGCGAAAAUCCAAAUACGCCAAUUCGAAUUCUCUCGUUUUCAUUUCCGAUGAAGUUGCUGUGAAGCUUUUGGCGAUUGAGAACAAGUUUUUGAGUCCAUAACGACCUUUUCUUCUUCCAGAUCUUGGUUUACUGUCUCUUACAGGAUCACACAGGGCAAGGACGGGAUGGGUAAGAAAGGGAAAUGGUUUUCUAACUUAAAGAAGGCUUUCAGCCCAGAUUCAAUGAAAUUCAGACAUAACGUGCCUCAGUAUCAUAAUGGUGUCAUCUCUGACCCUGUCUUGGUGGAGACCGUCAAAACAUCUCCUCCUCCUUUUGAGGUGAUUGUUGUGCAGAACAAGAACGAGUGUUCUUCCUCAGCCGAUGUUUCUGCUUCUGCAGCUGCUGAUAUUCCUGAAGUUUCAUCUCAGUCUGCCUUAGAGGUUGUUAAUUGUGCUAAGCCUGCUCAUAUUACUGGGAAGUCGAUUGACGAAGCAGCAACUAUCAUGAUUCAGACAGCAUUUAGGGGCUAUUUGGCAAGAAGAGCAUUGCGGGCCUUGAGGGGUCUGGUCAGACUUAAGUCACUGAUGGAAGAACCUGUCAUGAAACGACAAGUCGCAAAUACCCUUAAGUGUAUGCAGACUCUCUCUCAUGUUCAAUCACAGAUCCAAACAAGGAGAAUUAGGAUGUCAGAAGAGAACCAGGCUCGCCAGAAGCAACUCCUUCAGAAGAAUGCCAUAGAGCUCGCCAACUUGAGGAAUGGGGAUGAUUGGGAUGAUAGUUUGCAGUCAAAGGAACAGGUCGAGGCCAAUAUUCUGAGCAGAUAUGAGGCAGCGAUGAGAAGGGAAAGGGCAUUGGCUUAUGCAUACUCUCAUCAGCAAACCUGGAAAAACAACACGGGUUAUGCAAACCCCACUUUGUUUAUGGAUCCAAGCAACCCGACCUGGGGCUGGAGCUGGUUGGAGAGGUGGAUGGCCGGCCGUCCAUGGGAGAGUCCUGAGAAGAAAAACGACAACAACGAUGACCGAAAUUCAUUGGUUAAGAGUUCUAUAAAUCAGAACAAUCCCAGAGUAGAGAUUACGAAAUCUGUCGCCCGCAGUAAACUCAACAGUAGUUCAGCUCAACCGAAUACCCCAUCAUCGGCCAGAGCCCCGAGGAAGAAGAACAACUUCCUCGCCCCUCCGACACCUUCCCGGAUAAACCCGUCUUUUAGAAAAUCCAAGAACACGAAGCCAUCUAGCCCCGACGAUGAUGCCCAAAGUAUGGUGUCAAUGAAUUCUGGGAAGAACCCUAGGCGCAGCAUUGCAGGGUCUUCAUCAUCAUCAUCUCCAUCAUCGUUAUCCGUCAGAGACAAUGAGAGCCUGGCUAGCUCACCAGCCCGAGCCAAGCUCAAGCCUCAGGGAAAUGGAAAUAGAAAUGGUGGUUCGGACAAGGCAAAGGCAACAGUGAAGAAGCGGCUCUCCUACCACUCGGGCUCCUCCCCUGCGCCCCCCAGGCCGAGGCGAUUUUCGGCUCCUCCAAAGGUGGAGAAUGGCAGGUUAGACAUGGAGAUUGCCGUUAACAACAGAGGAAGGAAGCUUGAGGUAAAAUAAUGUUUGAAAGAGAUAUCUGAGAAUACGUCCCGCCACGCAUGCCGUCCUGGACCUGGAGGAUGCGAGAUUCAUUUGUGCAGUGUAAGCGUCCCUCAUUUAUUUUAUUAUUAUUUUUAUUGUUGUUAUUAUUACCUUUUUUUUCUGUUAUUUAUUUAUUUUCGGAGUCUGAUAAAUUCAAGAUCUGUUAUACUGAAUCUUGUAAUUGCUUUUAAUAUGCUCGAUUACUUUUGUCA